CGUCAGGGAGGAGCUAAGGCUGUUCUCCAAGGGCGCGGGGGACCCCACAACGACAGCUGUCCCUGAAGAGCCCUGGUGACUGGGAAUUAAAGUGGAAAAGAGUCUGCAUUUCCUGCGUGUGGUCAAGAAGGAGAAACUUCUCCCCAGGAGAGAGGGAGCGUUUUUGUAGGUUUUUCAGGGUUUGAGGUGCUUUCUAUUUUUGCAGCCAUGCCUCCGAAACAGACUCGUAAGCAGAGUAUCAGCAUGACCAGAGGAGCCAGGAAAAGAGAUGAAGAUUCCGGCACUGAUGUGGGAGAAGGACCUGAUGAAUGGGCCCAAUCCAAAGCCACAGUGCGACCCCCUGACCAGCUGGAGUUGACGGAAGCGGAGUUGAAGGAGGAGUUUACUCGGAUCCUGACAGCCAACAACCCGCAUGCACCCCAGAAUAUUGUCAGGUACAGCUUCAAAGAAGGCACAUAUAAGCUUAUUGGUUUUGUGAACCAACUGGCUGUUCACUUCAGCCAGGUGGGGAACCUGAUUCCCAAAGACUCAGAUGAAGGACGUCGGCAGAACUUCCGUGAUGAGCUGGCGGCAGGUUCACAGGAGUCUGCUAAGGUGGUGACUUCAGACACAGAAGUCAUUGAAGAAGAGGAAGAACCCAAAGAAGGGGAAGGGGAAGCUGGGAGUCAGACAGAUGUGCCUGCUGCAACUGAGGCACCUGAAAAAGUGAUCGAAGAAGAACUGAUGGCCCCUGUGCAGCCCAAGGAACGAAAACUCACUAACCAGUUUAACUUCAGUGAGAGAGCAUCACAGACCUUCAACAACCCGCUCCGGGAUCGAGAGUGUCAGAUGGAGCCUCCACCAAGGACGAACUUUUCAGCCACAGCCAAUCAGUGGGAAAUCUAUGAUGCUUAUGUAGAUGAGCUCGAGAAACAAGAGAAGACCAAAGAGAAGGAGAAGACAAAGACUCCGGUGGCUAAGAAGACAGAGAAGAUGGCCAUGAGGAAACUGACAUCCAUGGAGUCCCAGAGUGAUGACAUCACCAAGGUGUCCCAGGCUGCUAAAAUUGUGGAGCGAAUGGUCAACCAAAACACCUAUGAUGAUGUCGCUCAGGAUUUUAAGUACUAUGAGGAUGCUGCCGAUGAAUACAGGGACCAGGAGGGUACGCUGCUGCCUCUCUGGAAGUUUCAAAAUGACAAAGCCAAGCGCCUGGCCGUCACCGCCCUCUGCUGGAAUCCAAAGUACAAGGAUCUUUUUGCAGUGGGACAUGGUUCCUAUGACUUCAUGAAGCAGAGCCGGGGCAUGCUGCUGCUCUACAGCAUGAAGAACCCCAGCUAUCCCGAGUACAUCUUCAGCAGCGAGAGUGGCAUCAUGUGUCUGGACAUGCACGUGGACCACCCCUACUUGGUGGUCGUGGGCUACUACGAUGGCAACGUGGCCAUUUACAACCUCAAGAAGCCACAUUCACAGCCCUGCUUCCGCAGCACCUCCAAGUCUGGCAAGCACACGGACCCGGUCUGGCAGGUCAAGUGGCAGAAGGACGACAUGGACCACAACCUUAACUUCUUUUCUGUGUCAUCAGAUGGCAGGAUCGUGUCAUGGACCCUUGUAAAGAGCGAGCUGGUGCAUAUAGAUGUCAUCAAGCUGAAGGAGGAAAGCAGCACCACCGAAGUCCCUGAGGGGCUGCAGUUGGACACUGUAGGCUGUGGCACCGCCUUCGACUUCCACAAAGAGAUCGACUACUUGUUCCUGGUGGGCACAGAGGAGGGGAAAAUCUACAAGUGCUCCAAAUCCUACUCCAGCCAGUUCUUGGAUACCUAUGAUGCUCACAACAUGGCCGUGGAUGCUGUGCUAUGGAACCCAUUCCACACCAAGAUUUUCAUGUCCUGUAGCUCUGACUGGACGGUGAAGAUUUGGGACCACACCGUCAAGAUGCCCAUGUUCAUCUACGAUCUGAACUCAGCUGUGGGUGACGUGGCCUGGGCACCGUACUCUUCCACUGUGUUUGCAGCGGUCACCACGGAUGGGAAGGCUCACGUGUUUGACUUGGCUGUCAACAAGUAUGAGGCCAUCUGCAACCAGCCUGUGGUGGCCAAGAAGAAGAACAAGAUUACCCACGUGCAGUUCAAUCCCAUCCACCCCAUCAUAAUCGUGGGUGAUGACCGUGGGCACAUCACCUGUCUCAAGCUCUCUCCCAACUUGCGAAAGAUGCCAAAGGAGAAGAAGGGCCAGGAAGUGCAGAAGGGUCCAGCUGUGGAGAUUGCAAAAUUGGACAAACUGCUAAACCUGGUGAGGGAAGUAAAAACCAAACCAUGAGAGGCUGGCCCCGGGCCCCACGUUCUGAACCCAAUGCUUACUGCCCUGUACCGGUAUGCCAUGCACCAGGGAUGUACCUCACCCUGACCAAGUCCCAGGGUUUGCUUCUUUCAUUCUGGUUCCUAAGGUCAUGCCACCUCUCUCCACGAUUUGACCCUCAGCAUCCAUCAUACCCUCUUUGCACAAUAAAUCCGUUUGGAAGCUUAUCUCAGA